CUAAAGUACCUUGAUCAUUCAGCCUGUGCUUAAAAAACACUAGGGGCACCUGGGUGGCCCAGUGGGUUAAGAGUCUGACUUCAGCUUAGGUCAUGAUCUCAUGGUUCGUGAGUUCGAGCCCUGCAUCCGGCUCACUACUGUCAGUCUGUUGGUGCAGAAUCCGCUUUGGAUCUUCGUCUCCCUCUCUCUUCCCCUCCCCCUCUUGUGUUCUCUCUCAAAAACAAAACACAACAUAAAAAACACUUAAGUGGUGAUUGUCAUUAAUUUAGAAAAUGAGUACAGUUUACCCUUGAACAAGCGUUUUAACUGCACUUGUCCACUUACAUGUGGCAUUAUUUCAGUAAAUAUGAGAGAGUACUGUAAAUGUAUUUUCUCUUAUGACUUUAACAUUUUCUUUUCCCUAGCUCACUUUACUGUAAGAAUGCAGUAAGUAUGGGCGCCUGGGGGACUGAGUCGGUUAAGCAUCUGACUCUUGAUUUUGGCUCAGGUCAUGUCUUAUGGUUCGUAAGAUUGAGUCCUGAGUCAAGCUCUGCAUUGGCAGCACAGAGUCUGCUUGGGAUUCUCUCUUUUCCUGCCCCUCCUUUGUGUGUGUGCAUGUGCUCUUUAGCUCUCUCUCUCAAAUAAACAUUUUUAAAAAAGAAUGCAGUACAUGAUACAUAUACAAAAUAUGUGUUAAAGAACUGUUUGUUAUUGGUAAGGCUUCCAGUCAAUAGUGGGUUAUUAAGUACUUAAGUUUUGGGGGAGUCAAAAGUUAGAACACCUACUGCAUUAUUUAAAGGUCAACUGUAUGUUUCAGACCCUAUGUUAGGUUCUGGGAUAGUAAACAAAUGAUACUGUCCAUUACCCAGACAAGUUCAUUGUGUAUUAGGGAGAGUUGGAGAUUUCAGAAGGUGAGCUCCCUGGGCAGCAGACUCUGAACUGGAGGUAGUCCUGCAUGAGUUUUAUUAGACAGUGCUCUUAGGAUCAGCACGUUGGGAGAGAAGAGGAAAUUGAGUUGUGAUACGAUCUUAAUGAAGGACCCAACCAAUCCUGUGGAGAAUGUGAAGCCAGGAAGAGCCUUUAAAGUUACCCUUAGUUGGAGUGAAGAGGCCUGAUUUUGCAUAUGGGCUGGUCCUAGGAAGAGGAUAUGACAUUGGGUAAGGUAGCUCUUCAGCAGAGGCAGUUCUGAACAGGACUGACAACUGAGGGUUAUCUUUCAGUAGUACUUCUCAGCAGCCGGGACAACAAAUCCUUCGGUCUUGAACGGAGAUCUGUGUAGUUGGUAUUAUAACAGAUCUGUGUAGUUGGUAUUAUAACAGUGUCCGCUAUAGUCAGAGUCAACAUGGAUACUUGUAAACAAAUCAUUAUGAGCUGUGUAAGCUCAGCAGAAUAACUAAUUGUUAGAGGAAGUUAGGAAAGGCUUAUAGAAGAGAUGACAUUUGAGCUAGGUUUUGAAGAAUGAAUUAGGUUGUUUGGAAGGAGUAAGUGUAAGGAAGGGGGCAUCUUUCAUUGAGUCACUGAGAUUUCAUAACAUAGGCAGGAAAAUGAUUUAUUUGAAGGGCAGAGAGGUAAAUGCAUUAGCCGUUAUUCAGUUUCUGCCAAUUGUAAUGAAAAUCAUGAGGUCAUUUGCAAAAAUCUUGGUUUGUUUCCAUGGUGAUAAUUAAAAAAAAAAACCAAUUUAAGUCCCAGUAUGAUCAGGUUUGAGAUUAAGCCAAGCUCAUUGUGUCCAGAACCAAAAAGAUAGGCUGAGCUUGAGUGAGAAGCUUUUAUUCUAGGAAUCCAAAUUGGAUUUUGGUUCCAGCGUUGUCUCUCAUCCUUGAGUCAGAAAGAUAGGCUGAGCUUGAAUGAGAAGCUUUUAUUCUAGGAGUCUAAAUUAGAUUUUGUUACCGGCAUUGCCCCUCAUUCUUGAGUCUGGAACAGAUGAAUUUCCUUAACACUGAACACGUUAUUGUUUAUUGCUUAGUAUGUUCUCUCCUAGGAUUGAGCGUAUCUAUAGGGAGUCAGAAGAUAGUUUAAACUGAGGCUUUUCCACUCACUACUUCUUUGACCUUGGGAAAUUUGGUAAACACUUGAUCCUGUUUUUUUCAUCCUGAAAGUACAGGUAGUGAUACAUAAUACCAUCAUAUUAGGAUUGUUGAGAUAAUAUAUAAGAGCCUAUAUACUGUUAGGUGUUUUCCAGGGUAUUUUAUUGCUACUUAAAAUCCCUUUGUGAAAUGUAUGUGUGAGGUUAGGUUUUUGUUAGGAUAAGAUUAUUAAAAACAAAUUUUGAUUGUUAUGGAGCUGUGGGUUUGGUCUGUAGAAUUCAGUACUAUGAAACCCAAAUUAACAUUAAAAUCUUCAACAUAAGGAUGAAUGUCACAGAGGAAAACUAUUACUUGGCUUUUAAAUCCGGACGUGUCUGCUCUGUAGAUGUCAGAUUUACAUGAACAACAGAUUUCUGAUUGUGGGGGUGAAUAAGAAAAUGGAUGGCAAAAUUAUUGUAAUAACUUUAUUACAGUUCACAGUUUUUUGCUGUGCUGAUGAUGGGUCAAAAAAUUUAUUCAACAGAUACAGUAAAGUGAGUGUAUAGGGGCUCUGACUCAAGACAGCAGUAUGAGAGGGAUUGUGGUCAAAAUGGAACUGUCCAGACAUCUAACCCCUAGCACAACUGUCAAUUCUGAAUGCACUGUUGAAAAACAAAUGUAUAGAUAGAUAGACCCAUAGCCAGGUCUAGACUUCUGCUGAGCUUCCAAGAAUAUUUUCCCUGGAAAGGAGAGUUACCAGUUAAUAGGCUGAAGGCCCAGUCUGUCACUUUGUGACAUCUGUUAAAUUGAGAAGAGAGGAAACUUCAAGCAGAUCUCAUUACUGAAAGAGAAAUGAUGAUUACAUGAAAUAUAGUCUCUAGUUCCACGAGAAUGCAUUAGAGUCACUUGAACUUUUCAAAAUACAAAUGUCUAUAUCCUAACCCUGGACAUUUUGGUCCUCAUUUCUAGAAUAGGGCCUGGGGGGUUUUAUUUUGAAAAGCUUGUCAGCUAAUUCUGAUGUGGCUCUCUUGAACCAGUGGUUCACUGAGCUUUGUUUAAUUAGAGUUAUUAAAUUCAUGGAUGUGGAUAAAGAAUUAAGUGUUGGAAUUUUUUUUUGUAGGAGAGUUUAGGGGACAGAAUGUUGAUUUCUAUAAAACCAUUAGGUAUUUAGGGACAGCUUCAUCUUUUCCAAUGUUGCACAGAAUGUUUUGGUUGUUGGAAUAGCUGGAAGUACUAAAGGGACACUGGAACAUUGUGGGGAGCGCUUCCAAAUGUUGUAUUUAAUUCUAUUAUAUGAAUGAGGCAUGAUUUUACUAGAAGAAAAAACUGUUCCAUCAUGUGUAUAUAAUAGAAAAAUCGUCCUACCUGUCACAGAAUCCAGAUAAGCACGAUUGGCUGUUUUUGAGUUUUUAUAUUAAAAGUACAUAGUUUACUCAGUAUUUUCUUAUCUGCUGAUAGGUAAGUGGUAGCAGAUAUCUUAAGUUUAAGGAAAAUUUAUGAGGGGGACAGUGUUUACUUUGGAAUAAACUAUACCUUUAACUUGUUUUUUGGUCAAAUCUAAGGGAGAGCAAACUUCUCUUUUGUACUUCUUGAAACACUUUGGUCCAACUCAUUAAGUACAUAGUUUAGAUACUGCAGGAGAAUCAUUCAUAUGAGGUGGAGGGGGUUUCACCAAAGAUUUUCUGUAAUGUUUCCAAAGAUAGAAAAGUAGGGGACCAUAAAGAAUGGUCUUAAGAAGUAAGACUCAAAGAGAAUGUCAGAGCACCAGACUCUCUGGCAUUUGGAGAUGGGGGGAGGGGUAUGCAUAGUUUAAGUAACAUUUAAUAUUGUAACAUUUUAUAUACCAAAAUAAUAAUAAUAAUAAUAAGGCAAAAAAACCUUUUUGCAAUGCAAACUAUAGAAAAUAAAGCCUAACAAAAAUUUUAAUUUCUCAAGUGAUUAUAAUAGCAGAAUAUCAUUGUAAUUUUUAAUGGAUAUUGUGCAUAACCUCCUAGAUCUGGCAUAGUGGACCUGAAUCCUUCAUUAAAAGGGAGCUUUAAAAAAAAAGUUAAAAAACAUGGUUUUAAAGGGAUGGUUGAUUAUUGGUGGGAUCUGAAGUUUAAUCUCACAUUAUGGUACUGAUAAUUCAGCUCAAUUUUAGAAGAUCUUUUAUCAUUAUAGAGUUUUAGGAUAUUGAAUGAGAUUAAAGAUUAUGCUAUAGUUUGAAUGGGCCUCAACUUGUAAAAUGUCAUAUUUUUUGAAAGAAUUAAUUCUGUGGUCUUUAAAAAGUAAUAUUUUUUUCUUCUUUCAGCUAUCUGAAGCAAAGACUCAUUUUGAAGAUGUUUAAUAAGUCAUUUGGAACGCCCUUUGGGGGUGGCACUGGUGGCUUUGGCACAACUUCAACAUUUGGGCAGAGUACUGGUUUUGGUACUACUAGUGGAGGGGCUUUUGGAACAUCUGCAUUUGGUUCUAGCAAUAAUACUGGAGGCCUCUUUGGAAAUUCACAGACCAAACCAGGAGGAUUAUUUGGUACUAAUUCAUUUAGUCAGCCAGCUACUUCCACAAGCACUGGCUUUGGGUUUGGCACAUCAACAGGAACAUCAAAUAGCUUGUUUGGAACUGCAAGUACAGGGACUAGUCUCUUCUCAUCCCAAAACAAUGCCUUUGCACAAAAUAAACCAACUGGCUUCGGAAAUUUUGGAACAAGUACCAGCAGUGGGGGACUUUUUGGUACUACAAAUACCACCUCCAAUCCUUUUGGUAGUACAUCUGGCUCCCUCUUUGGGCCGAGUAGUUUUACAGCUGCUCCCACUGGGACUACGAUUAAGUUUAAUCCUCCGACUGGUACAGAUACUAUGGUUAAAGCUGGAGUUAGCACUAACAUCAGUACCAAGCACCAGUGUAUUACUGCUAUGAAAGAAUAUGAAAGCAAGUCUCUAGAGGAACUUCGUUUAGAGGAUUAUCAGGCUAACCGGAAAGGCCCACAGAACCAGGUGGGAGCAGGUACCACAUCUGGCUUGUUUGGGUCUUCUCCAGCCACCUCCAGUGCAACAGGACUCUUCAGCUCCUCUACCACUAACUCAGGCUUUGCAUAUGGUCAGAACAAAACAGCCUUUGGAACUAGUACAACUGGGUUUGGAACAAAUCCGGGUGGUCUCUUUGGCCAACAGAAUCAGCAGACUACCAGCCUCUUCAGUAAACCAUUUGGCCAGGCCACAACCACCCAGAACACUGGCUUUUCCUUUGGUAAUACCAGCACACUAGGACAGCCAAGUACUAAUACCAUGGGUUUAUUUGGAGUAACCCAAGCCUCACAGCCUGGAGGUCUUUUUGGGACAGCUACAAACACCAGCACUGGGACAGCAUUUGGAACAGGAACAGGUCUCUUUGGGCAGCCCAAUACUGGAUUUGGUGCUGUCGGUUCGACCCUGUUUGGCAAUAACAAGCUUACUACAUUUGGAACCAGCACAACCAGUGCUCCUUCAUUUGGUACAACCAGUGGCGGGCUCUUUGGUAACAAACCAACCCUGACUUUAGGAACCAAUACAAACACUUCCAAUUUUGGUUUCGGCACAAAUACCAGUGGGAGUAGUAUUUUUGGAAGUAAACCAGGACCUGGGACUCUGGGGACUGGCCUUGGUGCAGGAUUUGGAACAGCUCUUGGUGCUGGACAGGCAUCUUUGUUUGGGAACAACCAACCUAAGAUCGGAGGGCCUCUUGGUACAGGAGCCUUUGGGGCCCCUGGAUUUAAUACUACGACAGCUACUUUGGGCUUUGGAGCCCCCCAGGCCCCAGUAGCUUUGACAGAUCCCAAUGCUUCUGCUGCCCAGCAAGCUGUUCUCCAGCAGCAUAUCAAUAGUCUAACAUACUCACCUUUUGGAGAUUCUCCUCUCUUCCGGAAUCCCAUGUCAGACCCUAAAAAGAAAGAAGAGAGAUUGAAACCAACAAAUCCAGCAGCCCAGAAGGCUCUCACUACACCCACUCAUUAUAAACUAACACCCCGUCCAGCCACCAGAGUUCGACCAAAGGCUUUACAGACAACAGGCACAGCGAAGUCCCAUCUGUUUGAUGGGCUGGAUGAUGAUGAGCCAUCCUUAGCCAAUGGAGCAUUCAUGCCUAAGAAGAGCAUCAAGAAGUUGGUUUUGAAAAACCUUAACAACAGCAAUCUCUUUUCUCCUGUUAAUCGUGACUCCGAAGAUCUCGCUUCACCAUCUGAUUAUCCAGAAAAUGGGGAGAGGUUCAGUUUCCUGAGCAAACCUGUUGAUGAGAACCAUCAGCAGGAUGGAGAUGAUGAUUCUCUUGUGUCACGUUUUUAUACUAACCCUAUUGCCAAACCCAUUCCUCAAACCCCAGAGAGUGCUGGAAAUAAACACAACAGCAGUAGCAGUGUGGAUGAUACCAUUGUUGCACUAAACAUGCGUGCUGCCUUGCGAAAUGGGCUGGAAGGAAGCAGUGAAGAGACCUCUUUUCAUGAGGAGUCACUGCAGGAUGACAGAGAAGAAAUAGAAAAUAAUGCUUACCAUAUGCAUCCAGCAGGCAUUGUUCUCACUAAGGUUGGUUACUACACUAUUCCAUCUAUGGAUGACCUUGCCAAAAUUACCAAUGAAAAAGGAGAAUGCAUUGUCUCUGACUUCACUAUUGGUCGUAAAGGUUAUGGUUCAAUCUAUUUUGAAGGAGAUGUGAAUUUGACAAAUCUAAAUUUGGAUGAUAUUGUGCAUAUUCGAAGGAAAGAAGUGAUUGUCUACUUAGAUGAUAACCAAAAACCACCUGUGGGUGAAGGGCUAAAUAGGAAGGCCGAAGUUACACUGGAUGGAGUUUGGCCAACAGAUAAAACAUCUCGCUGUUUAAUAAAGAGCCCAGAUCGACUUGCUGAUAUGAACUAUGAGGGCAGAUUGGAAGCAGUUUCAAGGAAACAGGGAGCUCAAUUCAAAGAGUACCGUCCCGAAACAGGUUCUUGGGUGUUUAAGGUCUCCCAUUUCUCUAAGUAUGGCCUUCAGGAUUCUGAUGAAGAAGAGGAGGAACGGCCAUCCAAAACUAGUACAAAGAAGUUGAAGACUGCCCCUUUGCCUCCUGCAGGCCAGGCCACCCCAUUCCAGAUGGCUCUUAAUGGCAAGCCAGCACCUCCACCCCAGAGCCAGAGCCCAGAGGUGGAGCAGUUAGGGAGGGUUGUGGAACUGGACAGUGACAUGGUAGAUAUCACCCAGGAGCCAGUUUUGGAUUCCGUGUUAGAAGAGUGCGUGCCUGAGGAUCAGGAACCUGUGUCUGCCUCAACACACAUUGCAUCUUCACUGGGAAUUAAUCCACAUGUCUUACAGAUCAUGAAAGCAUCAUUGCUUGCUGAUGAAGAAGAUGUAGAUAUGGUCAUGGAUCAACGCUUCAGUCACCUUCCUUCUAAGACAGAUACUUCUCAAGAAAUCUGUUCUCCCAGACUCCCCAUUUCAGCAUCCCACUCGUCAAAAUCCCGUUCUUUAGUUGGUGGGUUACUACAAUCAAAGUUUACUAGUGGAGCUUUUCUUUCACCAAGUGCCUCUGUACAAGAAUGUCGCACCCCCAGAGCAACGUCUUUGAUGAAUAUUCCAUCCACAUGCCCUUGGUCUGUCCCUCCACCCCUCACCUCUGUGUUUACGGUGCCCAGCCCAGCCCCUGAAGUUCAGUUGAAAACCGUGGGUACACGUAGACAACCAGGCCUAGUCCCUCUUGAAAAGUCUGUCACCUAUGGCAAGGGGAAACUCUUGAUGGAUAUGGCUCUGUUUAUGGGACGCUCAUUUCGAGUUGGUUGGGGCCCCAACUGGACUCUUGCUAAUAGUGGAGAACAGCUGAGUGGCUGUCAUGAACUGGAAAAUCAUCAAAAUGCUGAUUCUAUGGAAUAUGGAUUCCUGCCUAAUCCAGUAGCUGUUAAAUCCCUAACAGAGUCUCCAUUCAAAGUUCGUUUGGAAAAACUCAGUUUGAGACAAAAGCCAGAUGAAGACCUGCAGUUAUACCAAAUACCUCUGGAGCUCAAAUUAAAGCACAGCACUGUCCAUGUAGAUGAGCUGUGUCCUCUCAUUGUCCCUAAUCCAGGAGUUGCUGUCAUUCAUGACUAUGCAAAUUGGGUUAAGAAAGCAUCUGGAGACUUUUUGGAAGCACAAAUUGUGAAGCACUGGAGCCUAGCAUGGACAUUAUGUGAAGCCUUAUGGGGCCACCUGAAGGAGACUGACAGCCAGCUGGAUGAACCCAAUGAAUACAUUCAGAUUCUGGAGCGAAGAAGAACUUUCUCUCGCUGGCUAUCCUAUACUGCCGCACCUCAAAUUGAGGAGGAAGUCUCCUUAACCCGAAAAGACAAGCCUGUGGAGGCUGUCUUCAGCUACCUCACAGGCAAGAGGAUCAGUGAGGCCUGCUCUCUGGCCCAGCAGUCAGGUGAUCAUCGUCUUGCCCUUCUUUUAUCCCAAUUGGUGGGCAGCCAGUCGAUCCGGGAGCUGCUUACCAUGCAGCUGGUGGAUUGGCAUCAGCUCCAGGCUAACUCUUUCAUCCAGGACGAGAGACUGCGGAUCUUUGCCUUGUUGGCUGGAAAACCGGUAUGGCAGGUCUCCGAAGAGAGGCAAAUCAACGUGUGCUCACAGUUGGACUGGAAACGCUCCCUGGCUGUCCAUCUUUGGUAUUUGCUUCCACCGACAGCCUCCAUUUCCAGGGCACUCAGCAUGUACGAAGAAGCAUUUCAGAAUUCUUCUGAGGCUGAGAGUUAUGCCUGCUCCCCACUUCCUUCAUACCUAGAAGGCUCUGGCUGUGUGAUAGAGGAGGAGAAAAACUCACAGAGACCACUUCAAGAUGUCUGCUUUCACCUUCUAAAACUCUACAGUGACAGACAUUAUGAUCUCAACCAGCUGUUGGAGCCUCGAAGCGUAACAGCAGAUCCUUUGGAUUACCGCCUAAGCUGGCACUUGUGGGAGGUGCUGCGGGCUCUUAACUAUACUCAUCUCUCAGACCAGUGUGAGGGUGUGCUACAGGCCAGUUUUGCUGGCCAACUGGAAAGUGAGGGCCUCUGGGAGUGGGCCAUCUUUGUCUUCCUGCAUAUUGACAACUCAAGCGUGCGUGAGAAUGCUGUUCGAGAGCUGCUUACCCGGCACUGCCAACUAUUGGAGACCCCUGAGUCUUGGGCUAAGGAGACUUUCCUGACCCAAAAGCUUUGUGUGCCUGCUGAGUGGAUUAAUGAGGCCAAAGCAGUGAGAGCACACAUGGAAUCUGACAAGCAUUUGGAGGCCCUCUAUUUGUUUAAAGCUGGACACUGGAACCGCUGCCACAAACUCAUCAUCAGGCACUUAGCUUCUGAUGCCAUCAUUAAUGAGAACUAUGACUACCUGAAGGGGUUCUUGGAAGACCUGGCACCUCCAGAGCGCAGCAGCCUAAUCCAGGACUGGGAAACAUCAGGACUUGUUUACUUGGACUAUAUUCGGGUCAUGGAGAUGCUUCACCAGAUACAGCAGAUGGAUUGCUCAGUUUAUGAGAUGGAGCAGUUACACACCAAAGUGACCUCACUGUGCAACCGCAUACAGCAGAUCCAGUGUUACAAUGCCAAGGAUCGCCUGGCCCAGUCAGACAUGGCCAAACGUGUAGCCAACCUGCUGCGGGUGGUAUGGAGCCUUCGGCAUGCCCCUGAUGCAACCUCCGACUCAACACCAGACCCUCAGCGAGUCCCUUUGCGUCUCUUGGCUCCCCACGUUGGCCGACUCCCCAUGCCUGAGGACUAUGCCUUGGAGGAACUGCGUGGUCUCACACAGUCCUACCUGCGAGAAUUGACUGUUGGAAGCCAGUGAACCCCAAGUUCCUCCCAACACACUCACAUGCUUGUUCACACUCACCACACAAAGAUCCUUUGCAUUGAGUUGAUUGGCACUGUUUGCCAUUCUCUUGGUUAGCUGUGGAAUCCAUCCUGUUUUCCUGCUGCCCCAAGCAGCAGCCUCCAUUUGUUCAGGGCUUUUCUUACUGAACAAAACGUAAGGGCUUUUGGAACCCAAAAAGGAGUCAAGCCUCUUUUUACCAUCCUUAAAAAACCAUUCUUUUUUUUUUUUUUUCUUUU